AUGAGACUUCUUCCUCUUGAGACCGCUGAGGAUGUGGCUACUGUGUCUGCCAAUUACAUUGUGAGCAGAAUCAAUAAUUUCAAGCCUACUGCGGAGAAGCCUUUUGUGCUUGGUUUGCCGACUGGGUCGACCCCGGAGAAGACUUAUGCGGAGCUGGUUAGAUUGAACAAGGCCGGUAAGGUAUCUUUCAAGCACGUGGUAACGUUCAACAUGGAUGAGUACAUCGGUUUACCGCGGGACCAUCCACAGUCUUACUGGAGUUUUAUGCACGAGAAUCUAUUCAACCACGUUGACAUCCCUGCGGAGAAUGUGAACAUUCUGAACGGGAAUGCCGAGGACCUGGAAGAGGAAUGUGCGCGGUACGAAGAGAAGAUCAAGAGCUACGGCGGCGUGGAGCUUUUCAUGGGCGGCGUUGGCAAUGACGGCCAUAUCGCGUUCAACGAGCCGUACAGCUCCCUUACAUCGCGCACUCGCAUCAAGACCCUGGCUCAGGAUACACGCAUCGCGAACGCACGAUUCUUCGGAAAUGACCCCACCGCCGUGCCCCCUAAGGCUCUCACCAUAGGCGUAGGCACGCUCCUGGAUGCACGCGAACUACUCAUCCUCGCCGUUGGACAUGCCAAGGACCUCGCCGUCAUGCAGGGCGUAGAAGGCAACGUCAACCACCUCUGGACAAUCACCUGCAUCCAACUUCACCCCAAAGCCGUCAUGCUCAUCGACGACCCCGCCAGCGCCGAACUUAAGGUCAAGACUCUCAGGUACUUCAAAGAUCUCGAAAAAGAGAACAUAGCCCGGUUGAGCACCAAACAGUGA